GCGGGGCGAGGUGCCAUAGUUACCGAGAGGAAGAUGAUAGCAACUGGGCUGUUGAGGAAAACCCUGUUGUCAACUGCCGUUCAGCUUUGCUGGAGGAGGGUGCCAUGUUUGACCAUUUCUUUACAGAGCCGGCCUGUGUUAUUGGCUGGCAAAAUUCGCAUCUUAGCCCACCGGGAAUUACUAGCUUUGCGAGUAACUGGACGGUGUGUCUCAGCUGGUCAAGAAACUGAAUCAAACUCUGGUGCAUCCCAGGACACCCUGUUCCUCAGUGAUAGCUGUGUUAAGCGCCUAAAACAGAUUUUGGAAAAGGAUGAACUCCUGAGGGUACAAGUGGAAGGAGGUGGCUGUUCAGGUUUCCAGUACAAAUUCACACUGGAUAAAACAAUAGAGGCAGAUGACAGGGUCUUCGAACAGGAUGGAGUUUGCCUUGUCGUUGACUCUGACAGUCUGGAGUACCUGAAAGGAGGGACGGUGGAUUACAGUGAGGAACUAAUCCGUAGCUCAUUUCAAGUGAUACACAAUCCACGGGCUGAACAUGGAUGUUCUUGUGGGAGCUCCUUUUCUAUCAAACUUUAAAGUGAGACCCCUUAUGUAGCAGUUUGUUUUCAGUUUUCUAUUUCAGAAAAUUGCUGCUUAAUGCUAGACUGGCCUGGAGAAGAGACAGCUAAGCUUAAAACUAAAUGGUGUGACCUUGUAGCCUUGUCGAGAAUUACAAAGAGAACAAAUUUUAAGAAAACACUGGAGUUGCAUUAUUUAUGCUAUAUAGUGUGAUACUGCCAAAUGUUUUGAAACAAAAUGUGCCAGUAAUAGCAAGAGUUGUACAAAUGUUUUCUUAACAUGAUAUCUUUUUGACUAUUGUAAUAAUUUGGGAGAUUAGUGAAGGAAUUAAAUAAUUGAAUCUAAAUGUGUCUCCCCACAAGAAAGACAGGAAAAGUAUAUGGAGUAUUUCUUAUAUGAAGAACAAUAUCUAGCAUAGUGCCUAUGUGCUUCUUGGAGACCUGACAAGGGUGGAAGUGACCCACUGUCAGAUUUGUGCCCAUCUCUAACUGCUUGAACAUGUAUCUGCAUUUUUCUCUUUGGUGCUCAAGCCCAAGUAAAAUAUUCUAACAGCCACAAUCUAUCUUUGUGGUUAGGUUUAAGUACUGAGUUGGGACUCCUCAGCUCACUCUUAUAGACCUCUCUGUUCUGUCGUUAAUAUUAGAACGUUGUAGAAACCUGGUAAGUUUCAAACGUUUUAAUUUUAAAAUUAUCAUUCAAUCAGCUUUCACCCUUUCAAGCAGUGCAUUCCAAAUCUUAGCAACUCACUGCAGGAAAACAGCUAGCCUUGUAGUUCCCCUCUGGUUCUUUUGGCAAUUAUUCUGGUUACUGACCUUUUGCAAGUGGAAAUAGUUUCUCCCUAUUUAUCAAAACCCCUAAUAAUUUUGAACGCUUUUAUUAAAUCUCCUCAAAACAUUCUCUUCUCUUUGAGGAGCAAGCCCAGCUUCUCUAGUCUCACUUGUGUACUAGAACCUGUCAGAUCUCAUGACCAUUUGCUUCCUGUUUUAAGUUAGUGACUCUAAUCUGCAUUCAGUCAUGUGCACCAAGUCAAUUGCACUGCAGCAGAAGUUUUUCACAAGGUCCUAAGGUUGAUACUGGUGCAGAGUCUGAGAAACAUUUCUUCUCAGUUACUUCUCCUUUCUCCAACACUGUCUGAUGUGGCCUGCCUAAAUUGCAUAGUGUAAAAAAAAAUUUGGUGUGAAUACCUUUGAGUAACUUCAUUGUUACUUAAUAAAACUCUUUGUUAAUUUGUGAAAUAGAUUGUGAGCUGACUUGUCCAGUAUGGCUAUGCCAUUGCCAGAACUCUGCAUGAUGCUAAUUCGUACAGACAGAAGAAUGUGAAGCUUUGAAGCUUGGACAGCUACCUUGACACCAGCAGUUUUCAUCACUAAGGAAGUGCUAUUUGAGGGAAACUUGUCUUUGUUUUUUAUUAUCUAUACCUCUGUUUCCUAUUCUCAGGUAGUUGGAAGAUUUGGUUAUAGUCUAAUACAGAGCAGCAAUCUGCUGUGUAUAGAAUCCUGAGCUCAAUAACGUACCCUACACUGGGUUGGCUUAUAUGAAAUUUAAUUGAGAAUAGUUUCUGGGAUAUUAAGAAUGGCAAAGAGCAUAUUUAUAGGUCUCAAUUUGAUGAAACCAAUUUCUGUCCGUGUUUUCCAUAAACCUUUUUACUUGACAGCAUUUUAAAACUUUUUUUCCUACAGUUUUUAAAAUGCCCCUUUUUUUUCUUGUGCCUCAGCUUUUUUCUUAUUUGAUCCUUAAAAUGGCCCUUGGCCUUUAUUUAGUGCUGGCCAGGAACCGUGUAAUCAACCUGUAGUUUUUCCUGUCACUUGAGUGUCCCCUAGUGGUGUAUGAUACAAGAGCUUGCAUUUAUACAGCACCUUUGAUACAUUAAAAUAUCCCAAGGAA